GGGAGAAAGCGAGAGAGACCGUGUGGUGUGUGCGCGGGGUCGGAGUUGCAGCCACUGUUGGUUUUUAUUUGGCUCUUCCUGAUGUGACUCCUUCAAGCAAGCCCAAUAACAAGGUCCCAGUGCAAUGCCCUAAGUUUCCUGCGACCUGAUCAUCUCUCAUGGAUUCCAUUGCCAGUGUUGGUCAUGUCAGGAACUACAAUAACAAAACCAGCCACGACCCCAGUUAUAGUGAUGAUUCUUGGAAAGACCUUUCAGUGGAAGAGAAGGAAUGUUUGAUGUUCCUUGAAGAGACGAUUGAUUCCUUGUAUGUGGAAGAGUUGGAAGAAACUGAAACUGUAUCCACUGAAAAUGGGAAUCACCCCCCACCUCUUCCUGAAAACCCCUAUUUCCAAACUGCAGAGGCUGCUGGAAAAUUUCCACGAGCAGUUUCACCGCUCCAUGAGCACAGCAGCAACUCACCGUCCCCACAGGCGGCAGAUGCAAAUUCUGGAUUGAAUUCUCUUCCCAAGUACAGCUCGCAGCCUAGUGGUGACAGCAUUGGCCUGGAGUCCAGCACUGAAGAAGUUUGGCAAAGGUCCCUCCCUACACCAGUUCAUCUGUCGGUGGAAUCCAGGAAUGACAAGGUGAAGUUGGGCCCUCCGACAGCUCCGAAACCCGGGAAACUUCCCCCCAACAUCAUCCUGAAAAGCUUCCCCAAGAAAAGUGAUAUUGGGUUCCAUCCUCCAGGUCUUCUGAAAGGGUCGAAAGAUGCUCAGCGAAGCAACGGGGCGUCCAAGGAGGGUGUCAAUGAGGGUGAGGCACAGCAGAUCCGGAUGGAGGCUUUGGCCAAACUGGGGUUGCUAUCGGAGGGAGACAGCUGGAAGUGGAGCAAUUCGGAUUUCGCGAAAACAGCCAAUGGUCAGUUGGGCACAGGGGGCAGCGGGGAGAAAGGCAGUCACCCCGAGACAGAUGUGACACAGAGCAAGUAUCACAUUCCGAGAGGGCUGCGUGUUGAUACCAGCCACCCAGUUGCCAGCGCUGCGGGUCCUGGCGUGAGGCUGGCAGCUGAGAAACCAAGCAAGGGCCAAGAUAAUGGGAAAAGGCUACACUGGCAGCUCCCAGAUGCCAAAUCAAACUACUUGAAGAGGUUUAGUGCCCCCAGUGAGAACAUUCUGCCCAGCCAACAUCUGACGCCAUCCAACACUGCCCUGAGCGCUGGCACCAGCAAAACAUUGCCCAGUGUCAAAAGAUCCACAAAUUUAAAUGAAGGCCACGUGAGAAAUGUCAGCUUACCACACUGGCCACUGGGCUCCAGCAAAUCCAGCAGCCUGAAGCGGUUUGGUGCAUCCAGUGAUAACCAGGUGAACCCAUACCCUGACCUGACACGGGGUGGCUCCAUCGCCGGCACUGCCGGUGUUCCGGAUCAGAACAAAGUCUCUAAACCAAGGCCCAUGUCGAUCUGCUCAGAGGCCGAUCUGUCUGCUAGGCACGGAGCCCCUCUGGAUAAAGUGCCAUCCGAGAAGCCGUCUGGGAAAUUUUUCCCAAUAAGAAUACGCCACAUCUCGGCCAAAUCUCCGCCCAAAGGACUGAACGUGCAAGCGGUCACACCAGGGCCCACCAACAAGGACCACAAAGAUGCUUUGAGAAAACUUGGUCUUCUGAAAGAGUAACCCACUGCCUUGGUACCAGGUAUUUAUGGACUUCAUGGUAUCUACCAACUGUUAUGGCAACAUUUUCAAUGGAGGAAUGUUGCCCAGACGCAACCGGGAAUAACUUGUUUAAUUGCCACACCGCGAAAGCCAUAGUGGACAUUGGGAGACCUUCAGUUUAGGAUUGGCAGUAGAAAGGCCGUUGUUUUAUGAUGCUGAUGUGAAAUGUCAGCUCAAUUGCCUUGGAUUUAAUUUAAUACUCUGCUGCUGGAGUGCCUUCUUGGUACAUGACUUGCUGAAUUAGCCUUUGUGUGGGUGGCCACAUUCCCGAUGCCCCACCAGUGCACCUGGAAGCUGCGGGUGGUCAGUCACUGCCUGGACGUCCCUCAUCGUGCUGUUACUGGGAGAGAGUUUGUCCUCUUGUCACGUCUUCUGUCUGAACCUGCAAAAGGAACACUCGUAAAACAGUAACAAAAAUUCUAAAAGUACUAAAGCACGUUAGGCAGCGAAGGAGGGGAAAGAAACCUAAAUCUUUCAGGUGUAAGACCAUGUCACAGGAUUUUAGUUAUCAAAAAUACUACUUUAAUUAUACUUAAAAUAUGUAACUAAUACACGGAAUUAAACAGCUGUUUGUACACAUUGUUAUCUUGUAAAGGAAUUUAAGCUAAACCCAUAUUGUAAUGUUAUCAGCUUUAGUUUAUAAUGUUUUAUAUUUAAAUCCAUACCACAGCAAACCUAUUUAAGCAUUGGCUCUAAUUCUAGUUGUUGACCGUUUUAUAAACAUUUACACUAUCCUGGCGAUUGUACUGAGAACUGAUCCCACUGCAAAUGUUGGGUAGUAGCCGGCCGGUGGUGCCGUGGCACCUGCACUGCCCUUGGAGGCGUGUGGUUCCGGGUUCGAAUCCGGCCGGCUUCUUUCUUCCGCCCGUGCUGAGUUGAGCAGCUAGCUAGCAACUCUGCCUCGUAAAAAAAAUCAGGUAAGAAUGCUAAAGAAAUGGCAAGGUUAAGAACAAAAAAAAAUUGUUACCUAACCCUCUGGUUUGGUCACAAAACUGUUUGGAGCUUGUGUUGAUCUUGAGUAUAUUUAAAACUGUGGAUUGAUUUGGACCAUGUUUAUAUUUCUAAUAAACUUUUUCCUCUAGUAUGAUUGGCAGUUAAAUUGUA